AAGCUCAAAUAAAUACUAAAGCUUGCUUAAAAGUAAGAAUACGCUGAUGCUGCGGCAGCACAUUUGUUCUUUCCUAUCCUCCUCAUGCUCAUAGUCAAUGCACAUCAAAUCAACUUUUUUCAAAACAGGGUUAUCCCAGCGUCGGCUAAAGUCACUGAUAAAACCAUCAAGCAGCAGAAGUGAUUUCAAAUUUUCACAACCGGAAGGUUCCUGCAAACCAUCAUGGCAUGCUCAGGAGACUCUCCCUCGAAGGCGCUCCGGCGGAUUCUUGAACUGCCGGGUGUUCACCUGGGCCCCGCCUGCUUCGAUGCUCUCAGUGCAAAGCUUGUGGAGAAAGCUGGCUUUCAGUACUGUUUCACCAGCGGUUUUUCAAUGUCAGCUGCAAGAUUAGGGUUGCCGGAUGUGGGUUAUAUCUCUUAUGGGGAAAUGAUGGAUCAAGGGCAACAAAUCACCCAAGCUGUAUCAAUUCCUGUAAUUGGGGAUGGCGACAAUGGUUAUGGGAAUGCAAUGAAUGUCAAGAGAACCAUCAAAGGAUUUAUUAAAGCUGGAUUUGCUGGAAUUCUUCUUGAAGAUCAGGUAUCUCCAAAAGCUUGUGGUCAUACACGUGGUAGGAAAGUCGUGUCUAGAGAGGAAGCAGUGAUGCGGAUAAAAGCUGCUAUUGAUGCUCGGAGAGAAAGUGGCUCUGACAUUGUUAUUGUGGCACGGACUGAUUCUCGUCAAGCAAUUUCUUUGGAUGAAGCACUUUGGAGAUCACAAGCAUUUGCUGAUGCUGGAGCUGAUGUUCUUUUCAUUGAUGCACUUGCUUCGAAGGAAGAGAUGAAGGCAUUUUGUGAAGUUUCUCCUCUUGUUCCCAAAUUGGCUAAUAUGCUUGAAGGUGGGGGGAAAACACCAAUUCUCAAUCCUAUUGAACUUGAGGAAGUUGGAUAUAAACUUGUUGUUUAUCCACUUUCUUUGAUUGGGGUUUCUAUUCGAGCAAUGCAGGAUGCUUUAUCUGCUAUCAAACGAGGCUGUAUCCCUCCUCCUGGAAGUAUGCCAUCUUUUGAAGAAAUGAAGGAGAUUUUAGGUUUCAAUGCUUACUAUGAAGAGGAGAAGCGAUAUGCUUCUAGCACCAGUCUGCUAUCUUCACAGAAAGAAAGCAGAUAUGUAGACAUAACUCCUGAUGUGUACACUAAAUAUGGUGCAGAGGGUUCAAGGGAUCCUUUUUCUGGGAUAUGGUCUCGAACAUUGAGAAUCAAAAUUACUGGAGGAGAUGGAUUUGAGAAACUUGACAUCAGGAUCCCUGCUGGAUUUUUGGAAGGGAUAAAAAAUAUAAUUCCAGCUUUGGAGGGUGUAAACCUCAAAGCAUUGUUGGAUGAUGCAGCUGAGGAAACUGGAGGGAAAGUCCUGUUGGAUUUUAGCGACCAAAUGGGUGAAAAAAUUCAGAUCUUUCUUGAGUAAUUUGUCCCCCUGAAUUUGGACGAGCUCCCGUGUGCAUCUUAAAUUUGUAUAAGUAUUUGAAUAAAUAUACUUAUAUCUGCAUCAUAUGAUGAGUUUGUAUGACUAAAGAAAGACAUUAAAAUGGCUGGCAAUUUCUUUGUCAGAAGCCAGUUCAUCAA